UUUGUCCGAAGUGGUGCGGACAGCGAGCGUGCACGGAUUCGGGCGAGUGCUGCCACCCGCAGUGCCUGGGCAGCUGCACUGUGCACGACAACGACAGGACCUGCGCCGCCUGCCAGCACUACUAUCACGAGGGCCGCUGCGUGGAGGACUGUCCCCUCGGUACGUACAAGUUUGAGGGCUGGCGCUGCAUCACCAAGGACUUCUGCUCCAAGGUCCACCUGCCUGAUUACGACCGCUUCGUCAUCCAUGGAGGAGAGUGUAUGUCCGACUGCCCACCCGGCUUCACGCGUGAUGAGAACCGCAGCAGCAUGUUCUGCACUGCCUGUGGCGGCCUGUGUGACAAGAUCUGUGAUGAAAAGGUCAUUGACUCGGUGGACGCUGCUCAGUCCCUCAAGGGCUGCACCGUUAUUAAAGGCAACCUGCAUAUCAACAUCCGCCGCGGCACUAACAUAGCCUCGGAGUUGGAGACCUUCCUGGGACUCAUCAAGACAGUGACAGGAUACAUUAAGAUACGUUCAUCACAUGCCCUGAGCUCUCUCUCCUUCCUCAAGAGCCUGAGGCACAUCUAUGGAGAGGAACUAUGGGAAGAGUAA